UACACAAGGCACGCCUGCUGCCCCACGCUCUCCUCGCUCACGGACCAGCUCUCCUCCGGUUUACUCAUUCACAUCCGUGAGCGAUAGACUACUUUUACACAGGACUAGUAGGAGUCGCUGGACUAGGAGGCAGGACCGACUCGCUCGCUCUCACGGGAGGCUGUGUGUGGCUGCCAAGCAACAUGUUACCAAAACGGCGAACUCGCUCUGCUGACUUGACUGGGAUACCGGGGAUGCCGACCGGGACGAUGUUCGGCGGUUCGGCGGGACUGAAGUGGCUCUCCUGUUGGAUUCUGAUGUCAGUGAUGUGCUUCCACCACGUAGCAGCACAAGAUGACGUUCCUCCCUACUUUAAGAUGGAGCCGGUCCAGACCCAGGUUCAUCUGGAGCGGAACAGGCUGGUUCUUACCUGUAUGGCUGAGGGCAGCUGGCCUCUAGAAUUUAAAUGGCUCUACAACGCCACUGAGCUCACACACUUCUCUCUGGAGUACAGGUACCUUAUCCCGUCUCUGGACCGCUCCCAUGCUGGGUUCUACAGAUGCAUCGUCAGAAACAGAGUAGGAGCUAUCAUGCAGAGCAGCACUGAAGUACAGGUCGCCUAUAUGGGUGAUUUUGUGGAGGGGGAGCGUUCCCAGACUGUGUCCCAGGGAGAGGCUGCUCUGAUCCAGGCUCCACGUAUCCACAGCUUCCCACGACCACAGAUUACCUGGUUCAGGGACGGACGCAAGAUACCCGCCAGCAGUCGCAUAGCCAUCACCCUGGACAACACUCUGGUCAUCCUGUCCAGUGUGGCCCCUGAUGCUGGACGGUACUACACCCAGGCUGUCAACGACAAGAACGGAGAGAACAAAACCAGCCAUCCUAUCCUACUGACUGUGGAGAACGUGGGGGGGCCUGUGGACCCCAUCACCCCCACCAUCAUCAUCCCUCCUAAGAACACCAGUGUGAACGCAGGGAGGAAUGAUGUCAUUAUGGAGUGUGUGGCCAAUGCUAGACCUCUGAUCAAGAUGGUUAUAACCUGGCGUAAGGAUGGUGUUGUGGUCAGUACAGGGAUACGUGACUUUGGCCGCAGGCUGACCAUCAGCCUCCCAGCGGUCAGUGACAGUGGUUACUAUGAAUGUGAGGCCACCCUCCGCAGCAGCACUGUGCCAUCGGUCAACGCAGGGGCCUACCUACAUGUUCUAGACCAUCCCCAGUUUGUGAAGGAGCCUGUCCAACACAUCAGUGCAGAGAUGGAGAAGGUGGUGGAUAUCCCCUGCCAGGCACGAGGUGUCCCCCAGCCAGACAUAGUGUGGUAUAAGGAUGCUGUGGUCAUCAGUCCAGUGAAGAUGCCCAGGUACAGGGUGUUAGUUGGGGGCAGUCUGCAGAUCAACGGUCUGUUACCUGACGAUACAGGGAUGUUCCAAUGCUUCGCCCGCAACCUGGCUGGAGAGAUACAGACCAACACCUACCUCGCUGUCACCAGUAUUGCCCCCAACAUCACGGCAGGUCCAGCUGACAGUGCUGUGAUUGACGGCAUGUCAGUCAUCCUCCACUGUGAGACCAGCGGAGCCCCGCGACCAGCUAUCACCUGGCAGAAAGGUGAACGUGUGUUGGCCAGUGGUUCUGUCCAGCUGCCCAGGUUCACCCUGCUGGAGUCAGGCAGUCUACUGGUCUCCCCGUCUCACCUUUCUGAUGCUGGGACUUAUACUUGCAUGGCCAGCAACUCCAGAGGCAUAGACGAGGCUGCCGCAGAUCUACUGGUGUGGGCACGGACCCGUAUCACCAAGCCACCUGCGGACCAGAGUGUCAUCAAGGGGACCAAGGCUGUCAUGUCCUGUGGGGUGACCCAUGACCCCAGUGUGUCUGUCAGGUAUGUUUGGGAGAAGAGUGGUUCAGUGGUGGAUGUGAGCACCUCUCCCAGGCUCCGUCUGGACCCUGACGGGACCCUGCACCUCUCCCAGACCUGGUCAGGUGACAUCGGAACAUACACCUGUAGAGUCACCUCUGUAGGGGGCAACGACUCACGCAGCGCUCACCUCAGAGUCAGGCAGCUUCCCCAUGCUCCAGAGAUCCCUGGUGCAGCUCUGAGCCAGGUAGAGAAGAGGGCCAUCAAUCUGACCUGGGCUCAGGCCUUCGAUGGGAACAGCCCCCUGAUCCGAUACAUCCUGGAGGUCUCAGAGAACAAUGCCCCAUGGACAGUGCUCCUGGCCAAUAUCGAACCAGAGUCGACCGGGGUGACCGUGGGUGGUUUGAUCCCAGCACGGUCCUACCAGUUCAGGCUGUGUGCGGUCAACGACGUGGGCAGGGGACAGUUCAGUAAGGAGACUGACCGACUCUCUCUACCAGAGGAGCCUCCCAGUGCCCCUCCUCAGACGGUGAUUGCCAGUGGUCGUACCAACCAGUCCAUCAUGAUCCAGUGGCAACCACCCCCGGAGAGCCACCAGAAUGGACCGCUCCAGGGAUACAUCAUCAGGUACUGUCUGUCAGGUCUACCAGUGGACUGUCAGAUGAAGAACAUCACCAGGCCAGACCAGAAUAACCUACUCCUGGAGGACCUCAUCAUCUGGACUAACUAUGAGAUUGAGGUGGCAGCCUACAACAGGGCUGGGAGGGGUACCUACAGCCACAAGGUUACAGAGUGGACCCUGCAGGGAGUCCCCACUGUCCCACCAGGUAAUGUCCAGGCUGAGCCAUUCAACUCCUCUACAGUCAGACUGACCUGGUCAGCUCCUAGCCCUCAGUUCAUCAACGGCAUCAACCAGGGAUACAAGCUGUUGGCGUGGGAGGCGGGUCAGGAGGAGGAUGUUACCAUGGUGACAGUGAGACCUAACUUCCAGGACAGCGUGCAUGUGGGCUACGUGACGGGACUGAAGAAGUUCACAGAGUACUACACCUCUGUCCUGUGUUUCACUACGCCUGGAGACGGCCCUCGCAGCCCGCCUCAAAGACUACGCACUCACGAAGACACGCCUGGUGCCGUUGGUCACCUGAGCUUUACAGAGAUCCUGGACACAUCUCUGAAGGUCAGCUGGAAAGACCCCAAUGAGAAGAAUGGAGUCCUCACAGGCUACCGUAUCUCGUGGGAGGAGUUUAACCGGACCAACACCCGGGUAACCCACUACCUCCCUAACCUGACCCAGGAGUACCGAGUCACCGGGCUGACCGCCCUCACCACCUACACCAUCCAGGUGGCUGGGAUGACCUCCAAGGGACAGGGUCAACUGUCUUCUUCUACUAUAUCAUCUGGAGUUCCCCCAGAGAUGCCAGGCCCGCCAACCAACAUAGCCAUCUCCAACAUCGGCCCCCGCUCUGUGGCCCUGCAGUUUAAACCUGGCUAUGACGGCAAGACAUCCAUCUCACGCUGGCAGGUCGAGGCACAGAUUGGUAUAAUCGGGGAGAAUGAGGAGUGGGUGAUGGUCCACCAGUUGCCCAACGAGCCUGAUGCCCGUUCCCUGGAGGUCCUGGAACUGAACCCCUACACCUCCUAUAGGUUCCGUAUGCGCCAGGUGAACAUAGUGGGGACCAGUCCUCCCAGCCAGCCCUCCAGGAAGAUCCAGACCCUGCAGGCUCCUCCAGAUAUCUCCCCCUACAACGUCACCCUCCGAACAGCCUCAGAGACCAGCCUCUGGCUCCGAUGGGUGCCUCUUCCAGAGUGGGAGUACAAUGGGGACCAGGAGUUGGUGGGUUACCGGGUUCAGUACUCCAGAGCGGCAUCUAAGGAAGGGGUCCUAUCCCAUGUCAUCAGUGACCGGCUGGAGAGGGAGUUUACCAUAGAGGACCUGGAGGAGUGGACAGAGUACGAAGUCAGGGUUCAGGCCAUCAACGGCAUGGGUUCUGGGCCCUGGAGCCAGCCUGUCCAGGGCAGAACCAGAGAGUCUGUGCCAUCCUGUGGUCCCACCAAUGUGUCAGCCUUCGCCACGACUUCCAGCAGCAUCCUGGUCCGCUGGGGGGAGGUCCCUCAGACUGACCGCAACGGACUCAUCCUGGGAUACAAGGUGGUGUACAAGGACAAGGGUUCAGACUCUGUCCCUCAGUACUGGGUGGUGGAGGGGAACACCAGCCACAGUGUUCAGUUGAGUGGUAUGGGGAAGUACGUGCUGUAUGAGAUCCAGGUUCUGGCCUUCACACGGAUAGGAGACGGCAGGAGCAGCAGGCCGUCCAUCCUGGAGAGGACCCUGGACGAUGUCCCAGGUCCUCCAGUGGGCAUCCUGUUCCCAGAGGUGAGGACCGGCUCAGUCAGGCUCAUCUGGCAGCCUCCUGCCCAGCCUAACGGCAUCAUCCUGGCCUAUCAGAUCACACACAGACGGAACACCUCUAAUAGCAACGCUGCCACUGUGGACGUGCUGAGCCCCAGUGCACGACAGUAUACAGCAUCUGGACUGAAACCAGAGUCCGUCUACGUGUUCCGCCUCACCGCUCAGACACGCAAGGGCUGGGGGGAGGCUGCAGAGGCCCUGGUGGUCACUACAGAGAAGAGAGCGCGGCCCCAGCCAGCCAGCCGUCCCACAGUGCCCCAGGAGGACGUGCAGGCGCGCAGCGUGAUGUUGUCAUGGGAACCAGGUAGCGACGGCCUGUCACCUGUCCGAUACUACACGGUGCAGUACAGAGAGCUACCAGACAGUAACUGGACUGUCCACUCUGCAUCGGUCAACCACGAGGCCAGCUCCUACAUAGUGGACAGCCUCAAGCCGUUCACCUCCUACCAGUUCCGAGUGAAAGCCACCAACGACAUCGGGGACAGUGAGUACAGCCAGGAGAGUGAGGCUGUCACCACGCAACAGGACGCCCCAGACAAAGCUCCCACAAUCCUUUCUGUUACACCCCACACCACCACGUCGGUGCUGGUCCGAUGGGAGCCGCCUGCUGAGAAGCAGAUAAAUGGGGUACUGCUGGGGUUCAGGGUACGAUACCGGGAGUUACAAUACGACCACCUCCGUAGCUUCACCAUACGAACCAUCAACAGCCCCGCCUCCAACUGGGCCGAGCUCACCGCCCCCUACAGUGUGAGGAACCUGAGCGAGUCCUCUCUCACCCAGUACGAGCUGGAUAACUUGAGUAAACACAAGCGUUAUGAGAUCCGCCUAAGUGUGUACAACGCCGUGGGAGAGGGGCCUACCAGCACACCACAGGAAGUGUUUGUAGGAGAGGCAGUUCCAACAGCCCCGCCCCAAUCUGUGACCAUCCAAUCAUCAACAGCCACCCAGCUGGAUGUCACAUGGAGCCCGCCCCCUCUUGACUCUCAGAAUGGAGACAUACAGGGGUACAAGAUCUACUUCUGGGAGUUCCAGCUGCAGAAUGAGACAGAGAGACUGCGUACCAUGUUCCUCCCAGAGCUAGGGGUCAAGAUUAAGAACCUGACUGGCUAUACCACAUACAUGAUCAGUGUCGCAGCCUUCAACGCAGCAGGGGACGGGCCCCGGAGUCCCCCGACCAGGGGCCGAACACAACAGGCUGCCCCCAGUAGACCCAGCUUCCUCCACUUCAGUGAGCUGACCACCACGUCAGUCAACAUGUCGUGGGGAGAGCCAGGCCAGGCCAACGGCAUCAUCGAGGGCUACCGCCUGGUCUACGAGCCCUGCACACCUGUUGAUGGUGUUAGUAAGAUAGUCACAGUGGACGUGAAGGGCAGCACCCCCCUGUGGAUGAAGAUUAAGGACCUGGCUGACGGGGUGACCUAUAACUUCAGGAUCCGAGCCAAGACACUCACCUACGGGCCGGAGGUGGAGGCUAACAUCACUACCGGACCAGGAGAAGGAGCCCCAGGCCCUCCAGGUGAACCCUUUAUCUCCCGGUACGGCACGGCCCUCACCCUACACUGGACCAGUGGAGACCCAGGCCGAGCUCCCAUUACACGCUACGUCAUUGAGGCCAGGCCCUCUGAUGAAGGACUGUGGGAUAUCCUCAUCAAAGACAUUCCAAAGGAAGUGACAUCAUACACACUGAACCUGGACAUGCUGAGAGAAGGGGUUACUUAUGACUUCCGGGUCAUUGGGGUCAACGACUACGGCUAUGGCUCCCCCAGUGCUCCUUCACCCUCUAUCUCUGCCCAGAAAGUGUCUCCCUUCUAUGAAGAGUGGUGGUUCCUGGUGGUCAUCGCUCUGGUGGGCCUAAUCUUCAUCCUCCUCCUCAUCUUCAUCCUCAUCAUCAGGGGCCAGAGUAAGAAGUACACCAAGAAGGCUGACUCAGGGAGCCACAGUAACAGCACCUCCCUGCCCCUGUCCCAUGGGGAGAUGGUCAGGCUGGACGAGGGCCGUUUCCCCGCCCUAGAACUCAACAACAGACGCCUGUCUGUCAAGAACUCCUUCUGCCGCAAGAACGGCAUCUACACACGGUCUCCCCCGAGGCCCAGUCCAGGCAGUCUACACUACUCUGAUGAAGAUGUCAGUACCAAGUAUAACGAUCUGAUCCCUGCAGAGAACAGCAGCCUGACUGAGAAGCCCUCUGAGAUAUCAGACUCACAGGGCAGCGACAGCGAGUACGAGGUGGAUCAGAACCGGGGUGGGCAGCCGAAGACCCACUCCUUUGUCAACCACUACAUCAGUGACCCCACCUACUAUAACUCCUGGCGCCGCCAGCAGAAGGGCGUCUCCCGCCCCCCGGCCUACGGAUAUACCCAGCCAGAGCCGCUGCACCCCCAACCCCUGGAUGAUCAGGACCCCAUCCAGCCCACCACCAACACCACCCCGAGACACCCUCCACCCCUGCCCCCACUACCCCCCCUGCUGCCCCGGGCCCUCUCUCCAUCCCCCCAGCCCCAGGGCCUCCAGGGGCUCCAUAGCCAAGGGGGUCUCAUCCAGGGUCUGGCACCCCAGUGUCAGGGCACACUAUUCAGGCCAAAGGGCAGCCGGACUCCCACUCCCUCGCUGCUGUCCUGUUCUGUGUCUGAACCCCCCAGCCAGCAUGGGACCCUCCUGUACAGCAGUAGGCCUCCAAGCAGCCUGGGCUGUUCCUCCACGCAGCAGCCUCCUACCGCGGGAUUCUCCUCUUUCGUUUGAACCACGUUUAACACACUGCUCCCAGUAGGAACAUACAUCCCAGAGGUCUCUUUUAUCCCUCAUUCACACUAUAGGGCUGACCCUGAGCUCUAUUGGUCUGGCUACCCCUCAUUCACACUAUAGGGCUGACCCUGAGCUCUAUUGGUCUGGCUACCCCUCAUUCACACUAUAGGGCUGACCCUGAGCCCUACUGGGCUGGCUACCCCUCAUUCACACUAUAGGGCUGACCCUGAGCUCUAUUCGGCUGGCUACCCCUCAUUCACACUAUAGGGCUGACCCUGAGCCCUAUUGGGCUGGCUAGCCCUCAUUCACACUAUAGGGCUGACCCUGAGCCCUAUUGGGCUGGCUAGCCCUCAUUCACACUAUAGGGCUGACCCUGAGCCCUAUUGGGCUGGCUAGCCCUCAUUCACACUAUAGGGCUGACCCUGAGCCCUAUUGGGCUGGCUAGCCCUCAUUCACACUAUAGGGCUGACCCUGAGCCCUAUUGGGCUGGCUAGCCCUCAUUCACACUAUAGGGCUGACCCUGAGCCCUAUUGGGCUGGCUAGCCCUCAUUCACACUAUAGGGCUGACCCUGAGCCCUAUUGGGCUGGCUAGCCCUCAUUCACACUAUAGGGCUGACCCUGAACCCUACUGUGCUGGCUUGGACAGUUUCUUUUCACAUGAUCCUGUCCAACAUGGUUCCAUCUACUAUAGUGGAUGUGUAACCUGGCCAGCGCCGUACAGCUCACUUUAGCUCAUAGUGAAAAGGGGAUUCUUUUGUUGUAGUUGGUUUACAUUUUUUUCUGCUUGUUUCUUAAUGACAACUAUUUUUAAAGGUGUUCUCUCGAUAUUAUAGUAAACAUUGCAGGCAUCUUAGAUAUUAUUUUUUCGCUCUCCCGUGUGUGUGUGUGUGUGUGUGUGUGUGUGUGUGUGUGUGUGUGUGUGUGUGUGUGUGUGUGUGUGUGUGUGUGUGUAUGAUUGAGCAAGAGAGAGUGAGAGAGAGAAAGAGUGAGUGUGACAGAGAGAGAGAGAGAGAGAGAGAGAGAGUUUCAUUUUGUUUUAAAAGACAAUCAUUCAGAAUGUUUAUGAUGCUUGGCACAUUAAUAAUAGUAUUUUACAUGACAGCCACGACACGUGAACCAGGAAAUUAGUAUUUAAAGUGCAGCCUAUAUGAACAAGAGAACAGUACCACAUCACAAAGGAUCAGUGGACUGUGGACUAUGUCUUACAGAGAAUGACAGAAAACACAAUUAAAGGGGAAAAGACUCAAUGUGGGCUAGAAAUAUGAACCAAGGACAAACGUAAGAGUCAACUGUAACAUGACGAAUGACAUUUGGUACCACGACACUCAAUCAGCUACAACGGCUUCAACACCUUUGAUGUUCUUCUCACUUAAACCCAAAACAUUGUUGCUAUUUUAUAUGUACAUAUGUGAUAUGCAUUUGUCUUCAUUUUGAUGAACAGAUAUUUAUUUCUUAAUGGUAUCUAUCAAUCACUUCUGUAAUGGUAAUGUUAUCAAUCUCAUUAAAAAAGUAUUGCAUAAUGUUAUCUGUGUGCUUACAGCUACAGUACAUUCCUCUGCAACUGCAUAAUGUUGAAUGUGGUUUUUCAACACUUUACAAUAUGAUUUAGGCUUAAUUCCACCUAUACAUAGAUAAACACCCACAUUUGUUGUAUUAUAAUAUUCAUUUGACCAAAGUAUUAUGGGACAUUUCUAACGGGAUGGAAACCAUUGGAAGAAGGUGCCUGAUCACAUUAAAGGUCCAUAAGGACACUUAUAUCACCUGUGUUGUUGUGUGCUGAAACUCACUGUACACAUCAGAACCACAUGACCAUGGUACUACUGCAACAAUAAAUUAUUUUAUUUUCUACAAA